UUUAUUCUCCCUCACUGAAAAUAUUGCAUAUAAUACAAAUACAGAAUAGUUCAGUGCCCUGCUUAUAAUUAUUGCUAUAGGAUAUGAUCUAUAUAUAUGCACUAAUAACUUAAGUCUAGAAAUAUCAGAAAAUAAAUUAAAAUGAAUUGGACAGAUUAUAGAGUGUUUGAAACAGACAGAAUAUUCAAUAGCCGGAAAAUGAUGGAUGACUACUUGCACGUGCCCUGUAAUGCCACAGGAUUUCUCGAUAUGAAACACAAUUCUAGUACUAGCUCAGUGAUGAAUGGUAGCGGGAUACCAAGUGGAUAUGUAACUGUCGGAUUCGGAAACCCAUUUAGCAGUCCAUUUGUAAGAGUGAUGUUCAUCACGUGCUAUACAAUUGUUUUCGUCUUUUGUGUUUUUGGAAAUCUAAUGGUGUUGUUCGCUAUUGUCCGAAGCCCACGAUUGAAAAGCAACACAAACUUCUUCCUGGCUAAUUUGGCGAUAGCAGACUUUUGUGUUGGAAUCUUCUGUGUGUUGCCAAACCUCUCCACGUUUCUCAACCCAACAUGGGUACUUGGCAAGGUUAUGUGCAAGAUCUAUUACUACAUUUGGAACGUCAGCUAUAUCGCCAGCAUCUUUAUAUUGACGGUCAUUGCGGUAGAACGUUAUGGUGUCAUCAUGCACCCACUCAAUUCAAGACAUUUUAUGACGCGUUCUCGUGUGAAAAUUAUUCAGAUGUGCAUUUGGAUAAUAGCCUUAAUAUACAAUAUACCGUACGCGAUUUUAUAUGAGACCCUCUCAGUUGGUAAAGACAACUUUUGUUAUGCGACAGAGGAUAACGAGAUUAAAUUAAAAUGGUUGAGUGUUGCGACUUUGGUGUUAUGGUAUAUCAUUCCUCUGUUUGUCAUUGUCAUCCUGUACUAUCAAAUAGCUCGAGCUCUUUGGAAAACACAGGUUGUUUCAGCUCUUCGACUUAGUACAUACCAUGAUAACGAUACACGGUGUGUGAUUACAUCGUCAGCGUUUUCUCCAGUUUGGGAACACAACGAACAUACCCGAGAAACAAACUUAAGUAACAGAAGCAGUCUUACGGGACGUUCGAACGUGAAGCAAGUCAAGGAGAGAUAUCACCUCGUGCAGGUGGCUAGUACCAGAUGGGUUGCAAAGGCCAGACAAAGAGUGAUUCGACUUCUGCUGUGUGUCGUUGUAACAUUUGCUGUAUGUGUAUUUCCACAUAUGAUGAAAGUGUUCGAUCAUUACUGGGCGGUGUUUAAUAUAUCUCAUUCAGCGAUGCUCAUAUUAUCACCAAUAUCGUUUCUUAUCUUAUAUUUGAACUCCGUCUUAAAUCCGUUUUUGUACGCUAUGUUUUCAACUAACUUUCGAAAGAGUUUUAAGGAAGUUAUCCCAACAUUUUGCCAAGGAUUGUUCAAGGGUAAAUGAUUGUAUUUCCUGUCAAUGAUAUCAUUUUCUUGUUACUCUGUUAAGUUCAUUUAAAUGCAUGAAACAAUUGCCGUGUCUUACUAUGUUGG